GACCGACUCUGCAGGGCACUGCGCGUGCUUAGUACAUGCGGCUGGUCGGGUUUCACACCCUCUUUAUACCUGACCUGCCUGCAUCUCACCCGCCCGGGAAUCAGCAAAAGCACAAGGUGGCGGUAGGAUGGUCAAAAGGGUGGACGACCCAUUCGGUCCACCCGCCCAGUGUUUCCAAACUGGCUCAGGUUCCCCUCAAUUCUCCACAGCUUUGCGACAGACCGUCGCGUCUCUUGAGCGUGUCCCAGCCCACGGUUCUCUGAGAAUUCAAAUACGUCAGAGUCCAGGGACUAAAGAUAUACCUCUAUUCUCUGUGAAUACAGAGAUAUCUCUAUUCCCUGAGCGCUCCGCCACAUAUGCAUUCUCUGGGAACACUGGCAACGAAUACGUGGCAGGGCCCCACCCCUAUUUCAAGUUCGGUAUAAUGUCGUCCUACGUGACCGUUUGGUACGAGUCUGACUGGAACCCAUCGAAUCGUCAUCGGCGACAGCGUCGGGAGGAGACGGUUAUCUCCACCAGGAACGUCAACCCAUCGAAGCUGGAAGGGAUGCUUGAGGAUAUCUUCAGAGGCGCAUAUGAUGUGAAGCUGAGGCAUGACACUUUCACAGUGGUUGCUAAAAGGCGAUUAUCACACGGCGAAAUUCAAAGCUGUUCUUGGUGACCUGUGGUGGAUUCUUCUUACAGGCGUCCCGCUCCCAGUGAUUUCCCUUGUAGAUGACUGUCAGGGUUGUAGAUAUGUAAUCAAGUUGUGAAUGGUCGCUCUAUCAUAUGAAACCACUCUGAAAACUCAAUCAUCUCAGUCUUCUGAGCUUCUGAGGAUUGCCACAUCCAUAAUACUGGGGGAAUUGAGUGUUCAAAGCGUUUUCACAUAGAACGAGCGGAGGAUAUCACCACAAAUAGUGUUACAUUCAUUCCGAUUUCAAA